AUGCCUGCCAUCUGGUCAUCCUCAGAGCGACCGAUUUCCGUGCGGACAGUUUGGGUGGACGGAGUUCGUCACGCGAUAUUAUCACCGGACGAUCCUCUGGUUCAGAGCCACGCGAGUCUGCGAACCCGUCAGCGUUCCCGCCCGACGACAUCCAGGAGCGUAAACUACCGGGACCAGGACUACUUUCCGGAAGUGAACGACCUCCGGGAGUGUCUGGUGAAACUGCGAGUGGUCGUCGACCGGAACGAUCUACCAUCGGCGCCGUGUUCGGGGUCUAAUUUGCUCCUGCCGAAGGACGAGGAACGGGGUGCGACUUCCGGUACCCCGGAUCCGAAGUCACCGAGGGUCUCGAGAGGCGUCGAGAACCGGAAGAAGCGGAGCGACUCGGUCUGCACGGUCCUCGGAGACCCGGAAGGCGGUUCUCGGUUACCGGAAAUUCAGGAUAACUCGCUGUCCGAGCGUGUUUUGCAGUGGCUCGAUCUGUCGGGACGCGGUGGCGACUAUCGGAAGGACGAGACGCGCAAGAGUUCACCGGAAGUUGCGACUCGCAGACGAGGAAGCUCGGCCGUUAUACCAAAGGAGAGGAUCAUCGUGCAGAAUUACACGCUUCGGACGAACGUCGAGGAGGUAGGAGAGAGGAACAAGGGUGGGACGCCGAUCCCGGUUACUCGGGACAAUUGUCGGCGUGAAAUCUGCUCAUCUCCAGGACCGGAAGUCCCGGUUGUUCGCUCCUACUUUGUCGAUCGUUUGACGAACUCUUCGGGGAAGAAUAUCGAGGAGUCGAUGCCGGUUGAAGGAGAGAAUCGGAAUAAGCAGAGCUUGUGGUCUCCGCCAAGGAAACCGCAGCUUCAUAUAUUCAUGCCGACUUUGUCACCGAGUGAGAAAAUUCUCUCCUCCAUUGAGUCUCUCUACGAGCAGCGGAGGCCGGGUCAGGAGUCUUGAGCUUUUUAAUUUCUUUUAGUCGCCAAGGAGAGCCUUAAGGAUAGUGAUGAUAGUGGCGAUAAUGAAUAGGAGAGUACAAGGAGAGACAUCGAUCACUUGUGAUAUGAGAGAAAGUGUGUGUUACGAUUCAAUUCGUUGUAUAGUUGUAGAUACAUCAUCUUCUUUACACAUCUUUAUAGCCACAACGGAAAGUUUCGCAACAGUUUCGGCUGUUUGAUAUACUUGAUUACAGUGGCGAAUGAGCCUCGAGUUUUGAGAAACUUGAUACCCUUUGCGACCCACUCGCAAGAAUAUGCUUCGAAGCCUUCGUGUUCGGGGAAUGUAUAUCGACUCUACUUUCUCUCUUUCUCUCGCACUCUCGCUUUGUAUGGCUAUGGCUUCUUUAUCCCGUUCUCCGUCUACGCUUUGGUGGAUUCAUGGUUGCAGCUAUACUUCCGGCGCAUUUAAAUACCCCGUUAUUAUAGACUGAGAAACUGAACUAAAAGUCAAUUAUGUACACCGUGAUGUUCGUCGUUUGUGCGAAGAGGAUAUCGUAAUUGCGACGCGUCACGCUUCACGUUUAAUUUUUUAUCAAUCAAAUGUCCGCGAUGCUCUGCAGAUACGUCAAUUCGGAA